AUGGUUCGGGAGCCCAUGGGAAACUGUGCCAAACGGCCUCGACAUCGGGGGCCUAAGGAGCGCUGGCAGUGGCCCAGCUCCCCCCCAGGGCGCUCCCACCACAGCCCCGGCCCCGGCCCCGGCCCCGGCCCCGAGGAGCAGGGGGACCCUGGGCCGGGCAUCCAGGGUUACUCGGUGCUCAGCAGCCUGGUGGGGCCCGCCUGCAUCUUCCUGCGGCCCAGCAUCGCGGCCACCCAGCUCGACCGGGAGCUGCGGCCAGAGGAGAUCGAAGAGCUGCAGAUCGCCUUCCAGGAGUUUGACCGAGACCGCGACGGCUACAUCGGCUACCGGGAGCUGGGCGCCUGCAUGCGGACCCUGGGCUACAUGCCCACUGAGAUGGAACUCAUCGAGAUUUCACAGCAAAUCAGUGGCGGGAAGGUGGACUUUGAGGACUUCGUUGAGCUGAUGGGCCCCAAGCUGCUGGCGGAGACGGCAGACAUGAUCGGCGUCCGGGAGCUUCGAGACGCCUUUCGGGAGUUCGACACCAACGGGGAUGGCCGCAUCAGCUUGGGUGAGCUGCGGGCAGCCCUCAAGGCCCUGCUGGGGGAGCGCCUCAGCCAGCGGGAGGUGGACGAGGUCCUCCACGACAUUGACCUCAACGGGGACGGCCUGGUGGACUUUGAAGAGUUUGUGCGAAUGAUGUCUCGCUGA